AGUCUGAGCUCGGCUGCUCCCGGGCGCGUUUGCACUCCGGCAGAGGCAGCCGGCUCCAGUAGCAGGAGGUCGGAGAGCACCUCCGUUUCCAUCAGCCAGAGCACCUGGACACCUGGCCCCGCUGCUCGCUCGGAUCUUCCUGCACCCACUGGAGGAGCAGUGGGGUGGGGUGGGGAGAGCACUACCUAGCCCAAGUUCUUUUUUUUUUUUUUUUUUUUUUCGUCCCCCCACCCUCUCCCCGUUAUUUUUCUAUUAUUUUAUUUUGCCAGCUCAAAUUUAGCCCAGGAUCUUUUAACUACUGCCAGCGGUGGAACACAGAUCACAGAUCGGGAUUAGAUCUUUUCCUCCCCUGUUUCCACGAUCCUCCUCCUGAAAAGCUACCAUGGGAAGUAAGACCCUGCCAGCACCAGUCCCUAUCCAUCCUUCCCUCCAGCUCACCAACUACUCCUUCCUCCAAGCAUUCAACGGGCUGCCAGCUGUGCCCUCUGAUCAUCUUUCCAACCUCUAUGGCUUCAGUGCCCUGCAUGCCGUACACCUGCACCAGUGGACUUUGGGAUACCCAGCCAUGCAUUUGCCCCGUUCCUCCUUCUCCAAGGUGCCCAGUGUGUCAAGCCUGGUGGAUGCACGGUUCCAGCUGCCAACCUUUCCACUCUUCCCACAUGUCAUUCAGCCCAAGCAAGAGGCCAACAAUGUGACACUGAAAGCCAAACCCCGCUUUGAUUUUGCCAACUUAGCAGUGGCCGCCACACAAGAGGAUCACUCUAAACUGGGACAGGCAGACAGUCAGGGCUCUCCCCCAGGGUUGGGGUCUUUGCUUGAGGUCACUAAACUCUCUCCAGAGAAGAAACCCACACGGGGAAGGUUACCAUCCAAAACCAAGAAGGAAUUUGUGUGUAAAUUCUGUGGCAGGCACUUCACCAAAUCCUACAACCUGUUGAUCCAUGAAAGAACCCACACUGAUGAACGGCCCUACACAUGUGACAUUUGCCACAAGGCCUUCAGAAGACAGGAUCACCUGAGAGAUCACAGAUAUAUCCAUUCUAAAGAAAAGCCUUUUAAGUGUCAAGAAUGCGGGAAAGGAUUUUGCCAGUCCAGAACUCUAGCUGUCCACAAGACACUGCACACGCAAGUAAAGGAACUGAAACCUGCCAAACUUAAAUGCUGAAUCUUCAGAUUCUAUGAACUUUUUCUCCCUUUCAGACUUUACACCAAAACCAGAGCAAAAACAAAACUUUCAGGAUGGGAGCACUGAACUUUGUGUUUUUGUUUUUGCUUCAACUAUAAGAAGAGCAAAAUCCACACCUUCCCCAGCCCAAGCAACUCACUUAGUCAUGGGUGAAAAUACUUUCUUUGCAUUUAAAAUAUACAUGAAUGAUGCAGAGAGUGCUAGCUGACUUGUGUGGCUUUGAUAAACUUUAUGCCAAAAGGUGGUGCUCACGUGUUGGACAGGAAUCUCUUUGAAAUCCCCACAAAGUUCCCCCACCCCCAAUCCCAACAAACCCCCCCCAGAAUUGUAGCUUCCAAAAGUAUUACUUUAAAACAAAAACAACCAAAAACAACAAAAAACAAACCACCUCUUAUUUUAUACUUAUUUGUUUUGUUUUGUUUUGUUUUUUGUUUUUUUCUGUAUAAAGCUUCUUAUUUUUACACUUCAGGAAAUACAGAGAAUUCUGGAAGACAAGAACUGAAACAGUGGUCUCUCAUCACAGCAAUAUUAGGGCAACGAAAAGGGCAAAUUUUUAGUUUGUUUUCUUAAAAGAAGAAGAAAUUUAAUGUUUGGAAAAGACCUAACUCUCUUAAAUGAGGAGUCCUAUCGUGCUGGAAAAUGCAUCCCUAGCUUAGACCUGCGGGUCGAUGGUGUCUGGGACAAGUCAGUGUUCACGGGACACGGAGACCUUUUUAUUUGCCUUGCGGUCUAGUGCGCUGUGAGGAGGUUUGUAAUUUGUAGACUUAUUUAAAAAAACCUAGAGGAAAAAAAAGAUGGCAAUACGUCAAACUGACGGCAUGCACAACGUGGUUUUAGUGGUACUUUAAAAUUCUUCAUGCGUCCUGAUGACAGAGAACAAAUCUCAACCUGAGAGCAUAUUUUUUUAAAGGCUGGCUUUCUGAACAGUGUAUUCAAAUUAAGAGACAUUCCAAUAAGUUUUGUUUAUUAAAAAAAAAAAAAAAAAGUUGUAUGGCUGUUUGGCACUUUAUGCUGAUUAUUGGUAAUUGACAUUUAUCACUGGAUUGUGUGUGUUUUUUAAGUAUUAAAAUAAAUCGUUAUUUUACAG